AUGAUCCCUCUCAGUCGGAACUCCCUGAAAUUAUACCACCCGGUCAUCGAAGUCGCAUGCCUCAAAAAGUCUAUACCAGGCACCCGCUAUGCGUCACUAACAUCAGCUAUCGGACGUGCAGCGAGGAAAUCUGCUGCUGCUGAAGCAUCAAGAGAGAAUAGGGAUACGCGCCGUUUACUAGAUAACAGGCGAUCGCCGGCGUCUUCUCUCAGAACAGACUCAUCUAUUACAUUCUCCGACCGCCACGCCGAAACCAAAGGUCCAGGCGACGUUGACAGUGAACCUCACUGGUUUGAUAGCAGGGCCAAAAGGUCUAAGAAACGUGGAAAGGGCUCCGGCCACCCAAAAAAGAAACGAGGCAGUAAACGCCAUGUUAUCACCGACGAAGUGCCGGAACGAGUGAGAUCACACGUCCUUGUACCAUCGUCAAUCCCAUACACAACACCUGCGUCGGAAUUCAUAUACGGACUAUCAGCCGUUGAAGCUGCUCUGCGAUGCACGCGCCGCACGUUGUAUGUGCUAUAUAUAUACCAGUCCGCCGACGACGAGGUUUUGAGCCCGGAGAAAGUCGCCUUGCGCAAACUCGCACUAGCUAAAGAGAUCCGAGUAAAGAUUGCGUUUGCAGGUUGGGACAAGCUCUUGGAUAAAAUGAGCGCCGGCCGCCCACACAACGGCUGCGUUCUCGAAGCAUCACCCUUACCGCAACUGCCAGUUGCUUGUUUGGAUCCGGUCUCUCUCCCAACAGAACCCUAUUUCAAUGUCAGUCUGGCUCCACAGUCUGUGGAACAGGCUGCUGUAAAUGGCUCAAGCAACCAGGUCGCACGCGUGCCGCGGUACGAUGAAGCUGAACAAAAACGCUUUCCGUUCGUCCUCCUCCUCGAUGGCAUUCUCGACCCUGGAAACAUGGGUGCCAUCAUCCGGUCUGCCUACUACCUGGGCGUUGACGCACUCAUAAUAACAGGUCGCAACUCCGCGCCCCUUACACCAGUCACAAUAAAAGCUAGUGCCGGCGCCGCGGAGAAUAUGACGAUACUCAAAGCCGGCAAGGAGAUAGAUUUCAUCCGUCGUUCGCGCCAGAACGGUUGGCGUUUCUAUGCCGCCGACUCCCCCGCCAAUAUCGCCGAUUUGGCCGCGACAAACAACAAUGUAGUUGAAGACGGUUCUAGUGGCGCCGGUAUCUUGACGUCGGCGCCAACUGUUCUUAUGCUUGGAAGUGAAGGGACGGGACUGUUGCCUCGCAUCAAAGCCCAAGCGGAUGGGUUUAUAUCUAUUCCCGGUGCUCGGGUCCGUCCUGAGAUAGCCAUAAAUGAUGCCGCACGAGUUGAUAGUCUGAAUGUCAGCGUCGCAGCGGCGUUGCUAAUGGAGAUGUUGAUGCGCGUCCCUCUUCGAGUAGCGAAUCUUCCGCCGAUAUCAGAACCUACUCAGGACGUCGCUGAAAAACAGAGCGACGGUCAAUCACCACCACCGAGGUCUUUCGAUUUCAACUGA